GGUUGGCAGACAGGCAUCAGCUGGUAGUCACACCACAACUUCAGUAGUGAGCACAUGUACCGCUCACCACAGUAAAACUAAAGGUUACAAAAUGCAGGAAAAUGGCAAAGACAUGUGUUUGUGGAGACCUGACGUAAGAAAGAAAACAAAAAUUGACGAAUUCCGUGAAAUUGUGAACCAAAAAUACAGCACAUCUCUGGGUGAUUAUCAUGAACUGUACAAGUGGUCGGUGGAAGAGUACGCACAUUUCUGGGAGACAUGGUGGGAGUUUGGGAGGUUCGUAUACUCUUCUCCGCCCACCCAAAUUGUGGACAUGAGUCUCAGCAUCACACAAGUACCAAAAUGGUUCUCGGGCGCGAGACUUAACUUCGCUGAGAAUCUUCUACGCUUCCGGGAUGAUCGAGUGGCCAUUUAUGCAACAGGGGAAGGGCAGCCAAACAUCAGUAAUGUGACAUAUAAAGAAUUAUACAAACAAGUUGGUAUAUAUGCAAGAGCACUGAAGGGUCAUGGUGUGAAGAAUGGAGACCGUGUCGUGGGUUACCUUCCUAACUCUCCUGCUGCUGUUAAGGCCAUGCUUGGGACAGCUUCGUUGGGUGCUGUUUGGAGUUCAACAUCUCCGGACUUUGGCGUUACGGUAAUACUGUAGUAAUAAUAAUGAUAG